AUGGGUUCAAGCACAAGGAAGAAGAAGGAAAAGAAGAAGGACUUCCAGAAAGCCAAGCUGAAGGUUGGCAAGACAAAGGCUAAGGCGUCCAACUUUACAGACACAAGUUUUCAGUCCAAGGCCAUCGUUGUUAACCAGCAAUCGCUUUCCACGGUCGCCCCUGAUGCCGUCGCUCAGUUUAGGCACAACUUCUCUCUCGCCACCUCUCGUGCCGACAAGCAGCGGCGCGAGGCCCUCUCUCAUUUAGUUACACAGUUGACCUCCACCCCACCCAACAACCCGGUGGGCACCUAUGCCCUCCUGGACAAGCUCCUCCCGCUCAUCACCGACAUCUCGGGCGGGGUGCGCACCACCCUCCUCCGUCUCUUUCAGGCCCUCCCCGCCCAGGAGAUCGCGCCACAUGCCGACAAGGCCGCCAAGUGGGUGCGCCUGGGCAUGCUGCACCUCUCUGCCGAGGUACGGCACGAUGCUCUCAAGUUUAUGGAGUGGCUGCUCGACGCUGCGGGCGAGCCACUGCUGGAGACGGCCGGCGGGUGGACCAAGAUGCUCGAGGCCUUUGCGGCCAUGAUGGGCUGGAAAAACGCUGCUGCCGCUGCCGCAGCUGCCUCCGCUGAUAAAAACUGGACCUCGGCGCCCAAGACAACGUUCGGCGCGGACAAGGGCGGCUCAUCCUACGCCGGUCAGAUUGCCGUUCUGACCAAGUUCGUCGCUCUGGGGCUGAAACAGCCACCACCCGUGCAGGCCUUGAGCGAGGAUGAGUACUGGGAGCACGUAUAUGGCUUGCCCAAGGGCCCGGACCCACUUGGCUAUCUGUCGCUCUUCGGCCCUCCACAGGAUGGGGAAAUCUGUGCCGAUGUCGAGGAGCGGCAGCGGGUGUUCUGCAGGUGGAUGGAUACCAUUCAGCAAAAGGUCGGCGAGGCAAGGAGGGAAGGCGGACCAGCUGGUCGGGCGGCUGGCGAACUGAUGAACGUCAUCGAGGAGGGGAUGGACGGCUAUGAACAUAUCGAGAUGGAAGAGAUGAUGGUAUGGUAGCCAGCGAGGAAUUCGUGGGAGGGGGGGAUGGGGAACAGCUUUGUUCAAAGAGGUACGCAAUGCUCUGCCUUCAUAUUAAAUGCAGUUGAUUUCGACUACG